AUGCAUCUAAGCUCAGUCCAGCUGGUGUCCGUGUUGCUGGUGGCGCUGGUGUCGCUGGUGUCGGCCGCGCCCCCCUCCACCCCCCACCACGUCGCCCGCCGCUCCUUCUUCAACCUCCAGUGUAAGGGAGUGUACGACGCGGCCAUCUUCGCCCGCCUGGACCGUAUCUGUGACGACUGCUACAACCUCUUCAGGGAGCCGACCCUCUUCACUCUCUGCAGGCAAGACUGUUUCACGACAGAUUACUUCAAGGGCUGCGUGGAGGUGCUCCAAGAGACGGACCAGCUCGAACUGUUCAAGACGUAUAUAAAACAGUUACACGGAGCGGAUCCAGGGAUUUAG